AAGGGGAACCGACACAGCAGGAAGUAGAGCAAAUCCCUGACCGUCACAGCAAGAGUUUGGUGCCCCGGUUGAAGACGAGGUUUGGUCACAUGGAUCAAACGGGUGGCAGCUCUAGCGGGGAAGAUGUGCCCCCCCCUCCACCAUACAGCCCCCACAGUGAAGAACAGCCCUACACAGGAACAGUGUAUCAGGUAGGGAAAGGCAACAUUGCUGUUGUCGCCCCUCCUGGCUAUUAUAGCAACACGGUUCACCCUGAGCACCCGGCAGUGUUUGGAGACCAUCAGGGCUACGAUCCAUCCCCCCCAUCGUACACAUCUGGAUCGCAGUACGAAUCGGAGGACGGCGUGUUCAGUGAUGAUGCCGUACAGAAAGGUUUUAUAAGGAAAGUCUACCUGACCUUGAUGAUUCAGCUGCUGCUGACGGUUGGGAUCAUUUGUGCUUUUCUUUACUGUAACACGCUCAGAAGAUGGGUUAUAGAACACCACUGGUUCUCCUUCUCCAUGAUUUUAAGUGUCUCCUUUUCUCUCCAACACCAGUGGGACUUCACGCUCAGAGCCGGCUUCCUGUGGGCUUUACUCUGGUCCUUCAUUUCCUUCGCCCUGCUGUGUGCAAUCAUCCGCUCGCAGUAUACUUACAUCUUUUACGCCUUCCUGGGAACCCUGCUGUUCUCCUUAUACCUGGUGUCUGAUACUCAGCUGAUCCUGGGCGGGAAACACAGGAAGUAUCAAAUCUCUCCGGAGGAGUACGUGUUUGCUACUCUCAACCUGUACCUGGACAUCGUCACCAUGUUCCUCUUCCUGCUGCAGUGCAUGAACCUCUGCCGCUAAACCUGAACCUCCUUCUUGACCAAUCAUUUCCUGCACAUCAAGUAGUAUCUUGUUGAGUUCAAAAUGUUUACAGUGAGUAAUUUGUAACAAAACAAAAAUUUAAAGGAGCAGUGAAAAUUAGAAGCCACAUGUGAUGAAUGGUCAUGAAUACAUUGAACACAUCAGCUGAUCCCAGGUCAGAAGGCGGAGGCAGCCCUUUGGUCCAGGAUUUAAAAAAUUAGG